AUGGAGGCAAGUGCAGGAGCCAAUCAGCGUAUUGCAAGAAUCUCUGCUCAUCUUCAGCCUCCAAAUUUCCAGGAUGGGAGUGAUGUUCUUCUCAAGAGAGCUGAGUGCAGAGCAAAGGGUGGGGCUCCUGGAUUCAAAGUGGCAAUUUUGGGGGCUGCUGGGGGAAUUGGUCAAUCCCUCUCUUUGUUGAUAAAGAUGAACCCAUUGGUUUCAGUUCUUCAUCUUUAUGAUGUUGUCAACACCCCUGGUGUCACAGCUGAUAUUAGCCACAUGGACACUGGUGCUGUGGUUCGUGGCUUUCUGGGACAGCCACAACUCGAGAGUGCACUCACUGGCAUGGACUUGGUAAUCAUACCUGCUGGGGUGCCAAGGAAACCUGGGAUGACUAGGGAUGAUUUAUUUAAAAUAAAUGCUGGAAUUGUUAGGACCCUUUGUGAAGGAAUUGCAAAGUGCUGCCCCAAUGCAAUUGUCAACUUGAUAAGUAAUCCAGUGAAUUCCACUGUUGCUAUUGCAGCAGAGGUUUUCAAGAAAGCCGGCACAUAUGAUCCAAAGCGACUACUGGGUGUUACAACCCUUGACGUUGUGAGGGCAAAUACUUUUGUGGCAGAGGUACUUGGAGUAGAUCCAAGAGAGGUUGAUGUUCCAGUGGUGGGAGGUCAUGCUGGAGUCACAAUUUUACCUCUUUUGUCACAGGUUAAGCCUCCCAGUAGCUUCACUGCAGAAGAAACUGAAUACCUGACAAAUCGCAUUCAAAAUGGUGGAACUGAAGUUGUGGAGGCGAAAGCUGGGGCUGGUUCUGCAACACUAUCAAUGGCUUAUGCAGCUGCCAAGUUUGCUAACGCAUGCCUCCGUGGCUUAAAAGGAGAAGAUGGGGUGGUGGAGUGUGCUUUUGUUGAUUCUCAGGUUACGGAACUUCCCUAUUUUGCAACCAAGGUACGUCUGGGUCGUGCUGGAGCAGAGGAGAUUUAUCAACUAGGCCCCCUGAACGAGUAUGAAAGGAUUGGGUUGGAAAAAGCAAAGAGAGAGUUAGCGGGAAGCAUCCAGAAGGGUAUAGACUUCAUCCAAAAAUAA